GUUGAAUUUAUGCAUGAGCCUAAGACUGUGUGAUUUCCGUACCAAGAUGAAUUUGCAGUUAUUGCAACGAGCAAACUUCAUUUGGUACGUGUUUGAUUAACAUAACGUACAGCGCACUUAAUCCAGGAAUUGUCUGUGAGAACCAAUAGCAUUGAACUCUGGUACUGUACAGUGUAAGGAACAACCCAGAAAGGAUGCAGUGUUAAUGUACAUUACACAGAGCUUAACAGAAUCCAGUUUCGUUUUGACAAAGGAUUACAGAUUGUAAAAUGGCACCUGGCUUCAACAAUAAAGAGAAAAAGGAUGGGGCGAGCUCUAAGGAAACUUCCAUCCACCUGUCAAAUCCCCACUUGAACUCAAUGAAAGAAGAUAUAUUGUACCAUUUUGACCUUGGAACCAGCAGCCAUGAUUUACCAGCAAUGUUUGGGGAUGUCAAAUUUGUGUGUGUUGGAGGGAGCCCCUGGAGAAUGAAAGCUUUUAUCCAGUACAUUGCUGGAGAGCUGGGACUGGGAGACCCCAAUGCAGAUUAUCCUAACAUCUGUGCAGGAACUGACCGCUACAGCAUGUACAAAGUAGGGCCGGUGUUAUCAGUCAGUCAUGGUAUGGGCAUCCCUUCAAUUGCAAUAAUGUUACACGAGCUCAUUAAACUACUGUAUCAUGCUAAGUGUACUAACGUCACAGUCUUACGCAUUGGGACAUCAGGUGGAAUAGGACUUGAGCCAGGUACAGUGGUCAUCACAAAGCAAUCUGUGGAUGCCCUGUUUAUGCCACAGUUUGAGCAGGUAAUUCUGGGAAAGACUGUAAUCCGCAGUACAGACUUGGAUGAAGAACUCGUACAACAGCUGUUGCAGUGCAGCCAGGAAAUAGAUGAGUUCAAAACGGUCAUUGGAAACACCAUGUGUACCACAGAUUUCUAUGAAGGUCAGGCUCGUCUGGAUGGUGCUUUCUGCUCAUACACUGAAAAGGAAAAGCUUAGUUACCUGAAGGACGCCUAUGAAGCAGGCGUCAGGAAUAUUGAGAUGGAGUCUUCUGUGUUUGCAGCAAUGUGCAAACUAAGUGGUAUUCGAGCUGCUGUAGUGUGUGUGACCCUGCUAAACCGUCUUGAAGGGGACCAGAUUUCCAGCUCUCACGAUGUGCUUGUCAAUUACCAGCAACGCCCACAGAAGCUAGUGGGGUACUUUAUUAAGAAACAACUUCAAGUCUAGUGCUCAGCUAAUGAUAGUGUUGCAGUCUGAAUUUCACUUAGCGUUAGCUUAAAUAUUCUUCAUAUAUUUUGUUUGAUAAUAAUUGUGUUUUUGGUGUAUACUAUGUAUUAUUACUAAUGUUAUUGUUAGAAGAAGAGGCCGUUUUAUUUUAACAACCAUACACAAAAGACACAGGACACUUUAGUAGCUUUUA